GGAAGCGAGGGUGCACUCUGAAUGAGGAAGGGGCAGGGGGGCGAGCAGGGAAAAAUGUGGGAGGAAAAACUAAAUCCAGGGACCUGAGUCAGCAGCUGCAGCGGUGCCAUUCUGCCGAUCCCCACAACUUCCGCUCAUCCGUUUCAUCUUCACACACAUUCAUAGUUAACAAUGGAGCUGAAUUGAUUUACAGUGAAGAGCGUCUUUGUUAGAGGACGAAUACAAGCAGAACAGAGGAGGAAAGAGGACCGAGCGGACCAUCCGGAGACUCUGAGCUGCUGUUUUCCUUGAGGCCUCAUGUCCAUCCGCAUUUCAGCCAUGAGCGUCCUUCCUCCUGUUCGACGGGACCGAGUCAUCGCUCAGCUCCCUCAGUGUUUCCGAAAAGAGGCGGCCAUCCACACUAAAAAUGAUUUCAACAAUAAAGUAAAGACUGCGUGUCAGGAGCAGCGGACCGGCACUGUGGGCAGAUUUAAAAUAUCCAAGGUCAUCGUGGUGGGGGAUCUGGCUGUGGGGAAAACCUGCCUGAUUAAUAGGUUUUGCAAGGAUACCUUUGACAAGAACUACAAAGCAACAAUCGGUGUUGACUUUGAGAUGGAGCGCUUCGAGGUGCUGGGUGUUCCUUUCAGCCUGCAGCUGUGGGACACCGCAGGCCAAGAGAGGUUCAAGUGCAUUGCUUCUACAUACUACAGAGGAGCCCAGGUUGUGAUAAUUGUGUUUGAUGUAAAUGAUAUUGCCUCUCUGGGCCAUGCAAGGCAGUGGCUCGAAGACGCUUUGAAAGAGAACGACCCCACCGCUGUUCAGCUGUUCCUCGUGGGCACCAAGAAGGACCUCAGCUCACCUGCUCAGUAUUCCCAGAUCGAACAAGAUGCCGUCAAACUAGCAAACGAGAUACAAGCUGAGUAUUGGGCGGUUUCAUCGCUGACAGGGGAAAACGUGAGAGAGUUUUUCUUUCGGGUUGCAUCAUUAGCGUUUGAGACCAACGUUCUUGCUGAGCUGGAGAAAAGCGGAUCGAGGCAAAUCGGAGAUGUUGUCAGGAUUAACAGCAAUUCUAACAAUCUGUACGCUGCAUCGAAGAAGAAACAGUCCAACUGCUGUCAGUAAGGAUGGAAGCGAGAGGUUAAAAUCGAUGGUACGGACUGAAAGCGAGGAGUUUUCUGAGUGGAAAAUGACCACGGCUGUCGUCCAGCUCAGCGGGAAGGAUUUCUGUGGUCGGGGAGGGAGGAGGGAUUCAGAUGUUUCCCUUCCUGACAUGUUUUAAUUUCAGUUUUUCCUGGCCUAGAAAGCUUUUUCCUCCACGGGAUGUGUGCGCAGAUUCUUGUGGAGUGACACAGGAAUUACACACAAAAUGUUCCCGUCUUGCCAGAAAAUGCCAGAGUCUCGUUUCACUUAGGGCUUCAAUUCAAUCUUAAAUCUUGUUGCUGCUGUAGUUUAUUUUAACAGUCAUAUUCUGCUUGUGUUGAAUUUGGUUUUGUUUUUUUUGGCUCUUUUCUUUUUUUUUCUUUUUUCAUUGCAUUUAAGUGACCAGUUAUAUUUGUUAGAGGCUAAAAAGAAAAUUGUUCUUGUUUUUAUAUCUUGUUCAUCUUCUCCGUUUAUCCCUUGCACGCUGAGGUCCCAGACCAAAGACUGGGAGCCAUAUUUGUAAUGAAGAUACUUGAAAGGUAUAUUUUUUCUGUUUACAAUCAAAUUUAUUAGACUUUAAUGGUCAGUAUCAAAACUGAUGUGGUUUUCAUAUUUUUCAUUUUCCCGUGGUGAGCUUUACAUGUUGUUAGGACAUUAAAAAAUAGAAUAGAAAUUGUUUCAGUUAUUUAAAAUAGAACUAAAUCUAAAAAAAAAGCCAGCUAUUCUAUGAGUUCACUGUAUUUCUUAAAUAUAUCUAUACGUGUAUUAUAAAAUUUCUGUGCUUUGCCUUCUUUGCUAAACCUUUAAGGAAUCACGUUAACUUGUUCAGUUGUUGAAGCUUUUGAAGCCGUCGAGGUAUUUUCCAUCAAUUUGGCUCUGCAGCUCUUCGGGUAUGCAGUGAGAGAAUUUGUAGUUUUCCUUAAUCCACCUUCCUCCUUCGGUGUUCUCGAUGGCCACAGCUGCUACGCCUGCAAAGUGAGAUGUUUACAAUCAAGCGUUGGGAGUCAUUCGGUUAUUAUAUAUUACACUACUUUGCAAAAGUCUUGAACAACCCCUUGCUUCUUUAUGUUUUGCUUCCAAGCGCACUGACCUUUGUUUUUAAACCAGUCAGUAGUUUCUGGAAGUCUUUCAAAGUUUUUCUUUGGCUGUUUCCCCCCCCAUUCUCAGUCCAGCCAUUGUACCUGACCAUUUUCAGAGGAAUGUCUAUGCAUUUGUUAUGUCACUUAAACUUGGCCUAUGAAUAAUUCUAGGGUAAAAGGGGAUAAACCAGUGUUUUGUCUAAACACAUCAGAAAAGCAGCCUGCCACAAAAAUAGUGAUUUAUUUCUAUUUCUUUAGUGGAAUCUGCCAAACAUAACAUUUAAACAGGCUUAAAAAAAGUAUUUUUGCACCAACACGAUGAUUGCCAAAGAGCUAUUUGCUGAAAAGCUAGCAUAUCUGGGAAAAGUGUGUCCUUUGACCAAACUGGAAAAGUAGGGCACAAAAGAAAAAGUGGUUGAUUUAAAACCGUUUUAAAGUAGAUAAGCAGUAUCCGAAAGUGUCCUCAAGUCCUAUGUCCUUAAGAAACAAACAAAUCCAACAAAGAUCUGACGCAGGACUUGAGAUGCAUCUGGCCCUUCAGAUACAUCUCCUGUUUACUGAAGCCUCAUCAGAAAUGGUCUCAGUGGAAGAAACGAUUCUUGAGGAUGGGAAAUGGAGUGAAAAGGCUGAAGAAUGCCAAAUUAUACAAGGAUUGGACUGAAAAUCAGUGGCUAAUGCCCUGUGGAAGAUGGAUCUGGCUUCAUUUUUCUUCUUCUUUUUUUUUUGACAAAACAGCGCAGUAAAAGCAUUCCUAGUUAGAAAAACACAGUUAUGUUUGAUUAUUUCCAUAAUGUGAGGUCGUAUUGACAGAGAACAGAGCAAAAGGCAGCCAACAUCCACAGAAGAACUUAAAUGUUCAUCAAAAAUCCUAGAAAACUAUUCCUGAAGACUACUUUAAGGAUUUAGAAGAAACUCAGUUUUUGCCUUAUAUCCUUGAUUUCCACAUUCCAAUGAAUUUUUGCAUCUUUUUUUACGUUUUCCUAACAAAAUAUAAAGAAGGGUAAUUCAAGACUUUUGCACAGUAACUGUUAACUUAUUGACUGACACACCUACAACUGUGGCUCCCAGUUUCUCUACCAGCUGAAUGGCAGCCUUCAUUGUGCCUCCAGUCUCUAUCCACUGGUCCACUAACAACACCCUCGUACCUGCGGCGGGGACACACAUGUCGACUGUUAAUGUCUCCUUCAGUCUUUCUUCUUUUUGUUUACGAGGACAAGUAUUAAAAGAAAAUGGUACAUCUUGUGUUUAUGAAAGAAACAAAAACAAAUGCUGACAAUAAACAGUUAUAUUUUAAUGCA